CCCUUAUUCUUUUCUCUCUCUCUCUCUCUCUCUCUCUCUCUCCUCUUCCCUCUUCCAGAGCUUUUAAUUCAUUCCUUCCUUCCUGUCUGCUCUGUUUCUCUCGACAUCAUCAAUUCGUUAAUUCAAUUUCUAUUCGAAUCCUUGAGAAAGGAAGUGGGGGUCGGGGGAAUCAGGUAUAGUUAUGGUCGUUUCCCUGGUGGGAUCGGAGCGGAUCAAUUGGGAUCUUCAUAAUCAUCUUCUUGGCCAUCUUCUCAAAGAGUAAUGGAAGGAGAGAGGCGGUAUGAGGGUCUGGUCUAUUCUCAAUCUCACUGGGAUCUCAUGAAUUCUGGUUUAUUGGUGACUGGAUUCUAUUGCUGGGGUUGGGAAUUCUUGACUGCUCUCCUCCUUUUCUAUUCUCCUUCCUCCUAAUUAUCUUUCUCCUUUCAUUUUUAGAACAAAUCUCUUUCUCUCUCUAUCUUUCUAUCUCUAUCUCUGUUGUGUUCUUGCUUGUGGUAUCUCUUUCGUAUUUUUUAGGGUUUUCUGUUAUUUUGAAAUUUGAAUUUCGGGAAUAAGAGAAGAUGACGCAGAGAUGCGUGCCGGCACCGUUCCUGACAAAGACGUAUCAGUUGGUGGAGGAUUCCGGCACCGAUGACGUCAUCUCAUGGAACGACACCGGCACUACCUUCAUCGUAUGGAAGCCUGCUGAUUUCGCUAAGGAUUUGCUCCCUAAAUAUUUCAAGCACAACAACUUCUCCAGCUUUGUUCGUCAAUUAAACACUUACGGUUUUAGCAAAAUAGUGCCGGAAAGAUGGGAAUUCGCUAACGAGUUUUUCAACAGAGGAGAGAAAGAGCUCCUUUGCGAGAUCAACCGUCGAAAGCCGGUCCCCACAUCCAUCCACGUUGGAAAAUCCAAUGCCAAUGGUAAUAGCGGAGGAGGAAUCUCGUCACCAACAAUUUCAGGUGAGGACAUGGGGUCCACGUCGACCUUAUCCCCCGGGUCAAGGAACCACGCAUCAGACGAGAACGAGAAGCUGAGGAAAGACAACAAGAAGCUGAGCGCUGAGCUUGCCCAGACGAAGCAACAAUGCGAGGAGUUGAUGACUUUCCUAUCAAGGUACCUCAAAGUGGGACCCGAGCAGAUCAACCGCAUCAUGUCACAAGGGAACAUUGGGCCCAGCGGUGAUCCAACGGUUGAGAUCUUUCAUGACGAUGACAAUGAUGAUGAUGAAAAAGUAGGAGGAGGAGAAGAAGAAGAAGAAGAAGAGGUGAAACUAUUUGGUGUAUGUUUGAGGACUAAAGGUGGAGGAGGGAACAAUAAGAGGCCCCGUGGUCCAGAAGCGUGGGCCGUAGAUGUGGGUGGGCCACCACUGAUGAAAGAGAUGAAGGUGGCAAGGGAUUUUGAGGUGCCUUGGAUGAAGAUAUCUUCUUCACCAGCCGAGAUCAGCAAGGUCUGCAACUGAGACUGAGUGCUGCUGGUGCUGGUGCUGGUGCUGCAAGCAAAUGGGUUGUGCGGUGUACCGUAAGGCCAAGCGCACACACACAACCUGCACUGUUAAUUUGAUAGGGAAGGUUUGAAAAAGGUUAGUGUUUCGUUUAAGUCUUAAAGGAUGAUAAGAAGUCAUCUUAGGAGACUUAAUUAAGUGGGUUUUUCUAGUCUUAUUGUGGAGUUACUUUAAAGUCUUCGAAUUAGUUGGUGACGAUGGGAUGGUAAAGUAGAGUCAGGGAGACCCAAAAAGCAAAAAAGUUUCUUUCGAUCCAAACAUUGUCACAAUUAGUACUAUUGUGGAACUUAUAUAAGAAUAUGUUCUUUUAUUUC